AUGAAUGAUUUCGCCGAAAACAGGAAUAUUUCCAUUCCAUCUUACUUCUACAUCAGUGGUUUUUCUGGUAUACCCCACAUAAGAUACUAUUACAUAUUCUUGUUUUUUGUUUACAUUAUUUCUUUCCUUGGAAAUUCCUGUCUCAUGCUUGUCAUCAUUAUAGACCGUAAUCUUCACACUGCUAAAUACAUUGCUGUCUUUAAUUUAUCCCUGUCAGACAUUUGUGAGAGUACAGCUGUAAUCCCUCAGCUACUGGACACGUUUUUGUUUAGAAAUCAGUUGAUCCCAUAUGGAUUGUGUUUGUAUAAUAUGUUUUCUGUCUUUGUAUCAAUUUCAACACAGUCACUAACACUAGCUGUUCUGUCUUUUGACAGAUUAGUAGCUAUUUGCUUACCACUGAGGUAUCAUAUGAUUGUGACCUUUAGAUCGAUGCUUGUUAUAAUUGGACUGACAUGGGCACUAACAUUGCUUAUGGUAAUGGCUGCAACUAUUUUUAUAAGCAGACUUUCUUUCUGCAAAGUAAUUGUCACUGUGAACAGUUUCUACUGUGAUCAUGGGCCCAUAUAUCGCUCUGCCUGUAGCAAUAAUUUUCCAAGUUCUGUGAUAGGCAGUUUGUACCCGAUAGUGAUUCUCGGGUUCCCAGUAUUUUUUAUCAUCUUUUCAUAUACUUGCAUAGCUGUGACACUGUUCAGAAUCACAACUCCACAAGACCGUCAAAGAGCCACAAAGACAUGCACUGCUCAUUUAAUAUUAGUAGCUGUUUUUUACCUUCCCAUCACUAUUACAUAUUCUCUGGCAUCCAUUAUAAACACCAACACAAGGAUCAUUAAUCUCUCUCUGACCUCUGCCCUUCCUCCAAUGCUUAACCCUAUCAUCUACACAUUCAAAACAGAGGAGUUCAUGGUGUCUGUAAAAAAGCUUCUUAAACGGAGAAUCAUAUUCCCAUUUCUUAAGUAA